UGCGCGCGCUCUCCGGAAUAGCAAGUGCACAGAAGUAGCCUUGUGUGGGCGUGGAUAGCUAGCUACACAGGCACUCUCAGACGGGUCCGUAGCAGGGUGAUCGUAAUAUGGUGAUAGCGGCGGAGGUGGUGGGUGAACCGCCGACAGCCCCCUCCGCCCCCUUGUCAGUGGGCUGCGAAGGGAGGACGCGAAGGCGGAGGGAAGCCCCCAGUGCCGCUGCCGGGCAUGCGCGGCGCCCCAGGAACAUGGCGGAGGCGGCGGCGUGAGUCCAGGCGACGGGGGCAGCGCGCAGCUGACAGACACGCGAGCCGCGCUGCCGGCUUUUCUAGGGACCGGCGGCUCCCUUCCCUUCGGAAACAGUUUUUUUGGAAAAAGAAGAGUGAAUUGUUAUGUUUUUAUUGUGAGGAAGAGGAACCAAACAUUUUACCAUGGGGAAAACAGCAGCAAAAGAUUCUAAGACUAUUAAAAGAGAAAAACAUGGGAAGAGUAAUCUGUCAAGCAACCAAUUGUUAAAUAAUGAAUAUUUUAAUUGGGAUAACUACUUGAAAGAGACUGGAUCCUUAGCUGCGCCUUCACAUUGUUUCAGACAGUCUAGGGUUCCACCAAGCAAUGAUUUCAAAGUGGGAAUGAAAUUGGAAGCCCAUGACCCUCGCAAUGUUACCUCAGUGUGUAUAGCUACAGUUAUUGGAAUUACGGGUGCCAGAUUAAGGCUGCGGCUUGAUGGAAGUGACAACAAAAAUGACUUCUGGAGACUAGUGGAUUCAUCUGACAUACAGCCAAUUGGGACCUGUGAGAAGACAGGAGGAAUGCUUCAGCCUCCACUAGGGUUCCAGAUGAAUGCCUCUUCUUGGCCAAUGUUUCUCCUAAGAACACUAAAUGGUGCUGAAAUGGCACCUGCUGCAUUCUUUAAGAAGGAACCUACAAAGCCUUCUCCAAACUGUUUUAAAGUAGGAAUGAAGCUAGAAGCGAUAGACAGAAAAAACCCUUAUUUAAUAUGUCCUGCAACCAUUGGGAAUGUUAAAGGAGAUGAAGUUUUUAUUACCUUUGACGGCUGGCGAGGGGCAUUUGACUAUUGGUGUAAAUAUGAUUCUCGGGAUAUCUUUCCAGUUGGAUGGUGUGACUUAACAGGAGAUGCUCUACAACCACCAGGGAAUAGUGUUUCUAGUACAAAGAAUACAAAAACCCAAAUAUCACCUUGCAAAGUGACCCGGCGCUCAAUGCAGUCUCCUCAGAAAUCUGCUCCUGCUCCUCAUUCUAUAUCAAGGGGCAGGAAACCUGGUCGGGGAAAUCCACCAACACCAUCUUCAGUCCCAACGAAAGGCAGGUCUCCCAAGAAUAACCCUGUGAACAAAAACACAUCUCAAAAAGAGAAUCUCAAAAAAAGGAAAGAGGGCUUGAAGCCAGGAAGGAAGAAAAAAAUCUUACCAGUGCAAUCUCCAGUAUUUUCUCCUCCCCUUACCUCUGCAAAAGUGGACAACAGCACCCCUCAGAUACACAAAGAUGGAUCUAGUAUCACUGGUGUAACAACAGCUGUCAUCUCAACAGUUUGUGUCUAUGUUAACAAACAUGGAAAUUCUGGGCCUCAUCUCGAUAAAAAGAAGGUUUGGCAGCUUCCUGAUCACUUUGGACCCGGUCCCGUGAAUGUAGUGCUUCAGCAGGCUGUACAAGCCUGUGUAGACUGUGCCUAUCAAUCAAAAACAGUCUUUGGAUUCCUGAAGUCAGGGCAUCAUGCGGGAGAGAUAAUCACUGCCUCUUUUGAUGGGGAGAAGCAUGCCAUCAGUCUUCCUUCUGUAAACAGUGCAUCGUUUGUCCUGCGCUUCUUGGAGAAACUCUGCCACAGCCUGCAGUGUGAUAAUCUUUUUAGUAGCCAGCCCUUUAGUCCUUACAUGGGAAGUGCAUAUAGUCCAAUUGAAUACGAUAGAAACAAACAAGCAAAAGAUGAAAUAUCCGACAGUAGAAGUACAAAGCGGUAUUCUCAGGAUUCGCCACCAUAUACUGCUCCCCUAUCUCCUAAACUCCCAAGAACUGAAGCACACCCCUCAGAAGCGGAAACCCUUCCGAGUGAAGAAAAUGGCACUCCCAAAGAACACAGAUUUUCAGAGGAUUCAAUGGAUUCUGCACUUAAUUCAGUCAAUCCUUUAAGCCCUAACUGCCGGAAUUCCACUGAAUAUCGUACCUCAGGGAGCGCAGCCUGUUAUAGGGAUUCUCUUCCGCCAGUGACUGCUACCUCAAAUACAGCACCAAUCCUACGGAGGCUAUCAUCAAGUUCUGCUGGAAAUAGCAAUUACUAUGAAGUCAACAGGAAUAGGAUGCAGAGGAGGAUUGAAGCUGCAAGUUCUACAACAGGACCCGACCUCAGUGCAUUAAAACGGGAACCUUCCCGCAUACCCAAUAAAGACCCUUCUGCGUGGUCAAUAGAUGAAGUAAUGCGAUUUGUGAAAGAAGCUGAUCCUCAGGCGUUAGCACCUCAUGCAGAACUCUUCAGAAGACAUGAAAUUGAUGGAAAGGCUCUCUUGUUACUGAGGAGUGAUAUGAUAAUGAAAUACAUGGGACUGAAGCUGGGGCCUGCAUUAAAGCUGUGCUACCACAUCGAGAGACUUAAGCAAGGAAAGUACUAGGCAGUUGAUGCACAACAAUGUUACAUGUUUAUCGUACAACCUCUCAUGUUCACAAAGACUUGGGAGGCCACAAGCAGGAAUUUCACCUAACUGAGCAUUAUUGAAAUGGAUAGAAGAUGGUCCAUUCACUUCAGGAAAACAAGUUUCCAGCAGAUUGUGUCCAAUGUUCCAUUUAAAAAUAAUUCUGCAGUCAUAGACCGUUACUGGUUUGCAGAAGUUUCUUCCCAUAAUAUGAAAUCUGUUGUCAAGAGAAAAGUUUUACAUUUUUGUAUUUUAUAACUUUAUUAAGGUGGAGGGGAAAGGCAGUGCUAUUGAUAUUUACAUGGGGAAACUCCAAAUGUAUUCUCAAUUUUCAGCUUCAGCUGGUGCAUUUUCAUUCAGAACCAAAACAGCUGAAUUCCAAAGGUAUACAAAUUUCAGCAUCUGAACAUUUUCAUUUUUUUGUUUUGCAAAGGUGGCUGGAUUCAUGUGUUAAUGGGGAGAAAUGUAUUAAUGUCUGCAAUGAUUUUACUCCUAGGUUAACAUAUUUAUGUCUGGUACUCCAUGAGAUCAAUAAUGAGAUUGCGCUACGCAGAUUUCCAUAAAGGGAAUAGCCAUAUGAAUUGUUCUGUAUGUGUGUGCUGUAUGUUUAAAAACAAAUAAGCUUUUGUAAAGUGUUUUAAAUUAUGAGGGGAAACUUUGUAGUAUGUUCACAGUUUAAGCUGGCAAUAUAUUUUUUUUCUUUUUGAGAAUAACUUUCUCAUGGCUGAUUUGAGCAGCCAAGUUCCAGGCAAGUAAACAGAUUUCUAGCUUGCUCACUGGAACCAUACCACCUAUCAUUUUGAAUCAUUCCGUCUCUUUGUGGAACUCAACAUGAACAUAUAUGUUCACGCACUUGUAUAUUUGUAUGUGUGUGUGUGGUACAUGCAUUUCCACUGUACAUAGUGUUCAUUUUUUUUAAAAAAAAUAUUUUAAAAGGAUACUUUUGCACUGUGACAGAUGAUAAACUGUAGAGAUCAAGUUUUUACUGGUAAAAACAAAACAAACAUGGACAACACAUUUUGGGCUCAGUUUACAGAUUGUUAUGCACAGUGUGAGGCUGUGUACACCCUGCUUGGCACUCUGAUAUUUUCUUUACACCCAUAUUACUAUGGUCAGGUGAGUGUUCAGACUGCUGGCUGGGGGCCAAGGUGAGGAGGGGAUGAAAAGGGCCUAGUUCCAGUUCCUCUGUCAUUCUGAACAGAUUUCAUGCUGUCUGUUAGGUUAUGUGUAAACCAGCAAGGAUUUCUAAAUAUGCAGCUUUAAGUACUAGAUGCACGGGUUUUAUUCCACAAAACACCUUUUGCUGCAUGUGGAUGGCCCUUGCUGGAUGCAAGUGAAUGUGUCCUCUUGGUAUUGACUAACACCUGUCUGCUUUGUUUUCCAUUUAUGGAAGGAUAAGAAACAAUCAAUGGAUAGGUGGAUUCACAUAGGGGAACUCCCUGUACUAUGCAAUAUUUUGGAAUCCUCAUCAUAUAUAUUGUGCUGAGCAUUUUGUUCUGGGAAGAUUUCUGGAAAAAUUGUGGGGACUUUUUUGUUUUUGCUCUGAUUUUUUGUCUUUCUUACCCUCAGCUUCUUUUAAAUAUAAAAAUGACAGUUUUAACAAAGAAGUUGAACUGCACAUGGAUGUGUGUAUUAUAAACAUUGGUGCUGUGUCUAUAAGCUACAAGAAGUGCUGAUAGUAAAACAUUUUGCUGUCACUGCCAAUAUAUCAGGGACAAUUAUGUACAUUUGCUGUGUAGGGAAUGGAAUGUACUGUAUGUAAUAGUACAAGUAUUGCUAGACAAGAUGUAGUCCAAAACAGAAGGUAGAUUUUAUAUUUCUUAUUGCCUUUUUUAUAUCAAAAGCUUCUAGUUAAAGAAAGUAUUUUUACACAUUACUCGUUUGAAAAUGCCUUGCUUGCUGGUAUACUUAAUAUUUUACUCAGGUUUAGCAAAAAUACUGCAAAGUCAUAAAACAGUUGUCAGGCUUAUGUGUUUUUUAAAUCACUGCAACAUGAUUUAAAUGAGUUCACUUUGGAGAUGUAUCUUAAUUUAUGAUGAGCAGCCUUGUAUUAAUAUUUGUUCUGUCAGCAAAAGAGUUGUUUCUAAUAAGUGUGUGUACUAGCCAUUACACCAGCCCAGAUAUGGGUUUGCAACAGUGUUGCCGCUCAUGCAGAUGUUAAGAAUCAAGCUAUAAGGGCCACAAUAUAUUUUACAAAUUUAUCUCAAAUGAAAAAUACAGUAGGGCCCCACUCAUACGGCGGGUUAUGUUACAGACUCCUGCCUAAAAGCAUAAAUCCUUCAAUAAAAUGGCACCCGACGCCCCAAAAACGGCAUAAAAGCGGAACAGGCACCGUAUGAGUGGGGCCUUACUCUAAUUUUAGCUGCCGUAUUAGUGGAAUGCUGAAAAGCGGGGCCCUACUGCAUGGUAUGGUAAUACGAUAGCAAAUAACUUGGCAUAUGUUGCAGCUAUAAUCUUGAAGAGUACAUGCAAUCAAUUUUUUUCUGCAGUUUUCAGCUAAGCAAAAUUUACACAUGCUGAAGGAAUUACUAAACUGCUUUUUAAACAUGAGAAAAAUGUCAAUGCAGAUUUAUCAGAACUUUUAAAUAAAGAUAUUUGGACCACUUUUUGUCUCUAAUUUGGCAAUUCUGAAUGCUGUUAAUACAAUACAGCAAGUGGAAGAAAGACAUCGUAAAAUUAAUGUAUAUUCUACUAAGUGCGGCUCAUUCCAUUCACUUAUAUACAAUAUUCAAAAAUAGAUUUGAAUAUGAAAAAACAAGACCUUGUAUGUAUGUAUGUAUGUAUGUUCUGGAUCACAUCUGAAAAUAUCACAAACAUAGUCCAGUUAAUCUUACAUAAGCUACAGAAGGUUUAGAAAUAUUUCAUACAAAACACCUUUAUAAAAAGAUUUUAGCCCCUCUCAUACAUUUGCCAGUGUGGUUCAUUUGAUGGCAAUUGUGCAAAGGGGUGCACUGCAUUGUUUACACACCUACACCGAGAUUUAACCUUGUACUAUAAGCAUGAUAUUGAUGUGUUCGUAACAGAAUACAUUUUUAUUUCUCUAUUUUCAACUGGAUGUUUUAAUUAAACAGAAAAUAAAAAUUCAAU